UUCCUGUUUUACCUGUCAGUUGAAACGCCGGGUCCAAGGAAUGUAAAUAUAGCUAAUUUACUGUUUCAUUGCUCUGAUAUCUAUGAAUCAACCGCGACAUUUAUUUUGAUAAUUCUCAAUAACGGAGAACUCUAGUCAUGCGAACAUGGGCCCUGAUCCUGACUGGUCUGUUCGUUCACAUCAUACUUUUCUAUUCCAUAUUUGAUAUUUACUUCACGUCUCCGUUGGUACAUGGUAUGACACCACAGGUGUCUAGUGAAUCUCCUCCAGCAAAAAGACUCGUACUGUUUGUGGCUGAUGGCCUCAGAGCAGACAAAUUUUUCGAGAUGGAUAGUGAUGGAAAGUCAAGGGCUCCAUAUCUUAGAACUGUCAUAGAAGAAACAGGAGCAUGGGGCGUGUCUCACACUAGAGUGCCCACAGAGUCCCGGCCUGGGCAUGUGGCACUUAUUGCUGGCUUUUAUGAGGAUGUUAGUGCAGUUGCUAAAGGAUGGAAGGAGAACCCUGUGGAGUUUGAUUCUGUUUUCAAUGAGAGUCGCUAUACAUGGUCCUGGGGCAGUCCAGACAUACUGCCCAUGUUUUCCAAAGGAGCCAGUGGUGACCACGUGUUGACUGACCAAUAUCCAUCAGAAUUAGAGGACUUUGCAGACUCAGACUCCUCUAAGUUGGACACAUGGGUGUUUGACCGCGUUAAGGCUUUAUUUGAGAGAGGAAGAAGUGAGAGAACAUUGACAGAACAGCUAGAUCAGGACAAGAUUGUAUUCUUCUUCCAUCUCCUGGGGAUAGACACUAAUGGUCACGCUCACAAACCACACUCCAGGGAAUAUUUGGAAAAUAUCAGACUGGUUGAUAGAGGAAUAAAGGAAAUAACAGAGCUGAUAGAGGAUUAUUAUAACAAUGAUGGGAAAACAGCAUACCUGAUGACAGCAGACCAUGGCAUGACAGACUGGGGUUCCCAUGGAGCUGGACAUCCUCAUGAAACCUUGACCCCACUGGUUGCCUGGGGAGCUGGAGUCAGAUCACCACUGACCAGGCCAGAAACGUCAGAUGAGGACCCCUAUUCUGGAGAUUGGAAUCUGCGACACCUGAUGAGGUCAGACGUGGAACAGGCUGAUAUUGCUCCCCUGAUGGCCUGUCUUAUCGGGAUUCCAUAUCCUCUCAACUCUGUGGGCACCCUUCCUAUUGACUAUCUUAACUUUGAUGAUCGCCAGAAAUCUCAAAGUCUGUAUGCAAAUGCCAGACAGAUCCUAUCACAGUACCAGAUUAAAAUGGAACAGAAAAAACAAACUACCCUAUCUAUGACCUUCAGACCAUACAGUGACUUGACUCCUGUCAUACAAGCUGAAAUGAUUAGAUCGAUCAACAAGCUGAAUCAGGCUGGCGACUAUUCUGCAGCAAUAAAUGAGAGCAAGACACUUAUUCAUCUUGCUUUACGGGGCCUGAGUUAUUAUCAGACAUAUGACAGGUUUUUCCUUGGUGUUAGCAUUGCCAGUGGUUUCAUUGGCUGGACAUUGUACAUCCUGGUUCUGGUUGUCAAGGAGCACACGGAUGUUGUUAGAGUCCGAGUAAAGCUUGUCGCCCUCGAUCAGCCUGUACUUCUGGGAAGGAAGUUCAUCAUUGGUGGUUACAGUGCUGUAGGGGCACUAGUCUUCAUCCUGCUGUCAGUUCAGUCACUUCCUUGGACAUAUUACCUGUACUGCCUUUUACCUGUGGCUUUGUGGACAGUGGUCACUCUCAACUGGUAUGUACUAUGGGAUUGUUAUCAGCGACUGAAGGAGGCUUCCCCAACAGGUGUCUCUGUCAAUCUCUGUCUAACGGUGGUGAUGUGUAUACUAGGACUAGAGAUACUGGUUGCUGGCUUUUUCUACCGAGAAGUACUGUCAGUUGGACUUGUGUGUAUGGGGGUGUUACCUCUGAUAUCAUCGCCACAGCGUACAGACAAGGUGGUUUGUUUUGGAUGGAUGCUGAGCUGUCUAAUUCUGGCAAUAUUUCCCAUGAUGCCCGUGGUUGGCCGAGAAACUAACUAUUACCUAGUGGGCACUGCUGGGGUUCUUGCCAUCAUUACAGGUGUACUAGCUGUACACAGAUUAAAGAAUUUUACAACCUCAAGCAAUCAUACCUACAGUACAAACUACAUACAGAUUGUAAUAACAGCGCUGUCAGUGUAUGUAGUCCUGUCCACUGCGUCCAGUAUACAAAGGAAGCAGGGACUUCCUGUCGUCAACCAGAUCUUUAGCUGGCUUAUACUAGGUGUUUCGCUGGUGAUACCCGUGUUGUCUGGGACAGGGGUGUUACAUCGACUCCUGACUAUCACACUAGCCUACAUUCCCCUCUACAUGCUACUCAGCAUCUCUCAUGAAGGACUCUUUGUGGUCAAUCUCUGCUACCUGCUAUAUUUUUGGCUACACUUGGAGGACAGAAUUAGUCGACAUACCGGCCAGAUCAGACAGGUAGGAUCUGUUGAUUUUGUCCCAUCAAUACCAUCAGAAAUAAAACAACAACGCCACCUACAACUGGAAGAUGUCCGCAGAGCUUUUUAUUUUGUUUUCCUCAUGCUGACAGGGUUUUUCGGCACUGGCAAUAUAGCCAGUAUAAAUAGCUUUGAGCCUGCAUCUGUGUAUUGUUUUAUGACUGUGUUCAGUCCAUUCACCAUGGGAACUCUGAUGAUGUUAAAGAAUGUGAUUCCUCUGGUGCUCGUGACAUGCACGUUCAGAGCCAUCCAUAUUACUACGCAUGUUCCCAUCCGGGCAUUGUUUUUACUCGUUCUGGCUAUGUCUGACGUCAUGGCACUGAAUUUUUUCUUCCUGGUCCGUGACUACGGAAGCUGGCUUGAGAUAGGAACGAGCAUCAGUCAUUACGUAAUUGUCAUGUGUAUGAUCAUGUUUCUCAUGCUGCUGUUUGGCCUGUCUCAUUGGCUCACUACAUAUUCUGUGAUCCCUCGCAAAUCGCACAAGAUCUGAACUGCUCGCCACGUUCAUCAAACGAAAAUCUUACAAGAUCUGAACUGCUCGCCAGGUUCAUCAAACGAAAAUCUGACAAGAACUGAACGGAUCACCACGUUCAUCAAACGAAAAUCUCUCAAUAACUUAACGAGGUCCCCAUUCUGUGUAGCCCUUCUGGACUGAACGGUUCUCUUCAUCAAUGUUCUUACCUAAAUCUCAUGGAAACUGAAUACAUUCGCAUUUCACCGGCGCUGAACGUGUUUUCCAUAUUUGGUGAUCGUUGAACAACGUUAACAUAGACUUUUGUCUUUAUUUUUAUCUAUCGUACGUAUACAUUAUACAAUGAAGUUAUACAACGUUGAAUUAGUAUUUUAAUAAUAAAAUCAUUUCAAGGUAA